GCUUCUUUAUAUACAACAGAAAAAAAGAAGAGUAGAGUUUAAUCAACAGAAAAUAUACUAAAAUGGCAGCCAACAGUUUUGCAGCCUCUUCAACUGUUGUUGGUUUGGGUACCUCCCAUCUUCACCGCUCCUUAUCCAAAUCUACUAACUUAACUUCAGGCUUCUUAAAGUCAACAGUAGCUGCAAGGAAUCCUCUGAGGCUAGCUUGUGCUUCAUCUGGAGGAAAAUUUACAUGCUUUGAAAGAAAUUGGCUAAGGACAGACUUGAAUGUGAUCGGGUUCGGGUUGAUCGGGUGGCUAGCUCCAUCAAGUGUACCGGCCAUUAAUGGAAACAGUCUCUCAGGUCUCUUCUUCUCUAGCAUUGGAGAGGAGUUGUCUCACUUCCCUACUCCUCCUGCCCUUACUUCUCAGUUCUGGUUGUGGCUGGUACUGUGGCAUCUAGGGCUGUUCUUAUGCCUUACUUUUGGGCAGAUUGGCUUCAAGGGGAGGACUGAGGAGUACUUUUGACUUUGCACAGAUGCAUUUUAUCUCUUUUCUUCUCCCUUUCUUUUCUCCAUGUAUAAACCUACAAUUAAAUGUGUUUAAAUUAGUAUGUAUGUACUAUCCAUCCGUUGUAUUAUUGCCCUCUUCAUGAGAUUUAUCAGUAUUCGCUAAAAACCAUAAUUGUCAU